AUGGCCGACGACCAGAACUACGACGACCAGCCGCACGAGCGGACCACGAUGCAGCAGCAAAAGGCCGUCAAUGCAAAGAAGCAGGCGAAAAGAGAGACCGGCGAGCAGACCGCACGCUCAAGAUCCUCCUCGCGCCGUGCCCGACGACAGCGCAUCAACAAGGGCAUCGAGGAUGGCAAGUACAUGAAGACGACGUCGUUGGAAGCUCUCGAGGAGGCCGACGCCAACGGCGAGCUCAACCAGAUGCAAAUGUUCGACCGCAUUGGCCCGGACAGCACAUCCAUGGACGGCCCCGUCACCAAAGCACGAGCGAUGCGAGGCGAGAUCCCCAUGCGCGGCUCCGAUCCCAAUCAGCCCUACCGGAUGCCCGAAGAGAAGCAGAAGAGCUCCCUGGAUGAUACGGAUGGCCUGAAGCUCAAGCUAGAUGCCAACCUGGAGAUAGAGAUCGAGCUCAAGGCGUCUAUCCGGGGCGACCUGACGCUGUCGUUAUUGUAA